GACUGGGUGACCAGGGUCUGGAAAGACUCUAGCAUUGGACCUCCAGAGCAGCUCUGGUUGAUUAAUAUUGGUCCAGGGCACCGGACGCACUGGACACCCCUCAUGUGCUGCUCCACUGCUGGAAUUUGUCCAUCACGAAUAGAGAGAAAGGGAGAAAACAAGCCGUAAUGCUUUGGUGACCCACAACUGUAAAUAUUCAGCCAACCGCUCCUAUCAACAUGAAGAUGCCUGCUAAUUUUUGUGUUUUUCCAAGAUGAGUCAUAGUAAAUUAGUCCCCAAGUUCUCUAGUCAGUCUCCUGUCCAUCAUAGCAACUUAAAGGUCAAGUCCACAGAACCACCUUUUAAUAAAGAAGACUUGCAAGUGAUUUCAAAAGACUCCUUGGAAUCUGAUUCAGAAAGUGUCACUCAAGGGAUUAAAUCCCAGUCCCGACUGGAAGGUCGAAUUCAAAACAAGGACAUGGAGGCUGACAGCUUAGAGGAAGAAAGCCUUGUCCAGGAAAGUCUGAGUGAGACAGAAGAGGAGGCAAGCAGAAAAGCUGCACAGAGGGCCAGCAAGGACAACCUGCACAUCCAGGACAAGGGCGCAAAUAGCAGCCGACAACCAAUAGAAGACAAAUAUUCAGACCUCCGAUAUGACCCCAACUGGAAGAAUAAGAAAGAAGAGGUCCAGCUGUUGACCAUAGAAGCCCUGCCCGAGUCUAUGGAGAGCUCAACAGAAAAUCUGACUCUGGAUCCUCUCUACCCUUCGAAGGAGACCUCAAUGGUGCUCUCAGCGGGGAAAGGCGAGCAGAAGAACAGCCCUCAGAGUGUGGUCUCCUUACUUGGCAGUGAAUUUGUAAGCCCAAACUAUGAGCACAGCGCCCCCCACCGCAGCCAGCCAUUUUCUGAGCUGAGUGACAGUGAUCUGGAGGAGUCCAGCAACCUCUCUGGGUACUUGAAGAGUUCAAGUUCACAUAAUGAGGUUUUCCUGCCAGGAUCACGUGGUCCUCGGCGAAGGAAGUCCAAACACUAUUUUGUGGAAAAAAACAAGCUGACUUUGGGAUUACCCACUCCUAAAAUGGACUCUUACCUUCAACUUCACAACAGAAAAAGGGGCGAAACUCACCUCGAACAGAUCUCCUACAUGGUCAGAGUAAGUGACAAGACGUCCUUUCAGAAUGCCAAAGAGAUGGAAAAUGCUGCCAUCGAUCCCGAAGACAAAUGGCAUCAAAGAGCCCAACAGCUAAAGAAUUACCAGGAACAGUGGUCUCAACAGGAAAGCACAAAAUCCAACAAUGGACUAAGAGGCCAAUCUUCUGAAACAUCCAAUGGCCAGCAACCUUCCAGAAGACGAGCCAAGCACAAGAUUCGAAGACGGUAUGAACAUUACAAAAACCUCAAGUCUUUGGUGACUGAGGAGCCAGUAGUCAGUCAAGGAAACCAGAAUAACAAUCUCCAGCAGCAGCAAAAUCAAAAUAAAGCCAUUGACACCUCAGCAAAGCAUGAAGCUGUUGUGAUGGCAAAUGCCCCAAACAAUGACGUACAUCAGUCGAACCCUCUUAGGAGCCAGGAUCCCAAAGUAACCUCCGAUAUAUUUGCUCCACCAAAGCAGGCUUUUGACAAGGUGUUAUACAAAAACACUGUUGGCUAUCACACAAUGAAUGUUAAUAAAGAACGAGCACGCAAAGACCAAGAAGGGAAGAAACUUUCCUAUCAGCAGCUCUACCUCGACACCCUUUCUAACAUGGACUUGAAUCACCUUAAUGAACUUUCUAAGAGACAGGUGCCCCUGAGACAGAAAGACACUCAGUCUGUCUCCAACAUAAACAUUAAUGGGCCAACUCAACAGAAGAAGCAACCCAAACAGACUCCUGCAGAGACAAGAUACAAGAACUUAGAAAUACUAUGGAAAUUCCACUCAACCUCAGACCAACCUGCUAGAGAGUCUCCAGAUUCGCGGCUGGCCGAGAUCAUGGAGCAGCACCAGCAGGCCUUGAUGCAGCUGACGGAGGUGCAGCCCAGCGACGGGGCCUCAUCCAGCAUCACAUUCCCACCUAUUCUGUCAAGGGUAGAGAGUGAGUCCCAGCUCAGUUCAGAGAGAAGCCAAAGGAACCAAGUGAAAAUUAGUCGUAGCAAUUCUGAAGGCUAUCUGUUACAACUGGAAAAGGGAAAAAAGCAUAGGAAAAGAAGCGGCACUAAGAGUUCCAAGCUGAAAGGGUAUCAGAAAAGAGACGUGAAGCUUGGAGGCCUUGGACCUGACCUUGAGUCCAUCAGAGACAAAAUGCAGAAAUUAAUACAGCAAAAGGAAUAUGCAAAGCAGGUGAAGGAGCACAACAUGAGGACACUAUCCAUUCUUUCAAAGCCACAAACAGCAAAAACCGAAAAUAAAUCUGUCAUCCCCCGGCAGAAGGCUUUGGAAUAUGCUAAGACGAUCCCCAAACCCAAACCGUCAAAUCUGACGGAUCAAACAUCCAAGGAAAAGAAAAAUCCAAACUAUGCUGGAAAAGAAGAAACUUUACCAGAAAUCUCACUGCUGGAAAUACUACAGAACAGACAUGAAAGGGAAAAGCAGGCUGUGGCCGCUUUCAAAGUGCUUCACAUUGUAUAGGCAACACAUGCAGAGGAGACCAAACUCCUGGAAAUGGAUGUGCAGUAAAGAAACUCCAACCAGCCACUCUGCUUGGAGGGAGAUGACCUAUUAUCACCAUAAUUGCAGUCCAUGCUCAAUUCGUGUAAGAUUUAAAAUAAGGGCCCUAUUCUCUUAUGGUGUCAUACUUACUUUCUAGGAAGAAAUUUUUUUAAGUAUUUAUUUUCAAAUCAGUUAAAAUUUGGCCUGAAGAAGUAGGGAAUAAAGUCUAUUGUUUUAUAAUGAAUCUUUUGAUUUCUUAAACUAUCUCCACCCUUCCUUAGAAUAAUGAAAACUCUGAAGCUGCCCAAAGAAUAAGUUCAUCUACUUGUGUUUCUCUUUCACCCUCUUGAUAAGGAAAAAUGAGUAAAAACACUCCAGUUUCUAUUAACAGGAACUCAAAUUGGGCUAAUUCCCAGUCGAUUUUGAGAUACCAUUUCUAAAAUAUUUCUAGAUUUACCAAAGGGUUUAUAUAUAAGAUUGAAAACAUAAAGGUACAUUAAGAUGUGCCUGUUCAAGUGGAUCAAAUCCCAAUGUUGUCCAAAUAGAGCAUCAAGACAUUCCCCAGGAAUCUUCCAACAAGUCCAGAAACACCCGUCUCAGGCACCCUGGGAGCUACUUUCUUCAAGUGGCUUACUCCGAGUAUACAAAUCUGCUAGGCAUCUUGCCGUCACACUCGUAAGCUGUCAAAUGUGUGCUAUCACACAAAAGAAGAGUAGAUAAGACAAAAGCCUUCCACAAUUUACUGCUGACUAUUGCUUUACUUUUCUUCAUCUUUUGGAACUGAACAUUGUAAAAUUUCCAGGUCUUAAAAUAGCUGGAGGGUUUAAUUUUUUUGUUACAUGUUCUAUUGCAUUCUUAGAUGGUCACAUCCAGAAAUAAUUAGAUUUAAUAACUUAGGACACAUCUGUUUACCUAUACAAGUGGCAUAGUUUGGAGAUUUACUCUUAUGUUGUCUCAUUUUACAUAUACCAUGUUGUGGUAUACAAGUUCCUGCUAUCUAACUUUCUCUUAAAGAUGGAAGCAAGUAGAAUUGCAGUUCUAGAAAGAUAAUAAGUAUCUGAAAGUGAAUAGAAAACUAGUGAAAUGUUCCAAUGAUAUUUAGAAGAUCAUAUUAGUUCUGAAGACUUGUUUUAGGAAAAUCACUGCCCACGCUGUUCCAAACAGCUAUUUGAAAAAAAAAAAAAAAAAAAGGAAAAAACCAUCAGGGUACAUGGCGAAGACUUUUUUAGAAAUAUGAGAUAGAACAAUUUUUUUUUCCUAAGUGCUUUUAAAUUUAAACUUAUUCCAGAAGAUAAAAUAGUACAGAUAGAGAUUUCCACAUUUUCAUACUUAAAGGGGCAGGGUAAAUUGCUUAAAUAUUCCAUUUCUAUUAGAAGAUCUUAAAAAGAUUUAGAGCUUGGAAUGUUUUUUUCUUACCCGACUGCCAAUUUUUCAGAAGAGAAAACAUGUCAAGAAAGGACAGAUGACUCUGAAAUGGUCAGUCCUACUGAUAGUUACGGGAGAGUAACUGAUCUACACGCCAAUCUUUCACACCUAAUUAUUCAUGGAAGAGGUUUUUCCAAGCAAGAGGAAUGAAAACAUUAAGAAUUUCAAUUCUGGACCUGAACUUCCAUCAAAUUUGAUUUUUAGAAAUAUGUACUACUCUAUCAUAUUUGAAACACGUAUCAUCCAGCAACUUCAUCACUACACUGAUAAAGUUAUGAGACAUUAAUAAAGCAACUCUGAUGUUGCCUAAUAAAAGACUCCAUGUACAAUUUUUUUUCCAGAGUAUUAAAAGCCUUCCCAUAAUCAUUUCUCAGUUAGCCUAAGCAUUUUGAAAUCCUUCAGGCACUUUCACACAUACGGUCAAGAAUCCAUCCUUAGCAGAAGCAGGUCAAGGAUCCAUCCUUAGCAGAAGAAUCCAUCCUUAGCAGAUUCAGUUGAUGUCAAACAUUACACAGGA